AUGAAUUCCACCUUGGACUCCGCUGCCGCAUUUCAUGCACGUGCACUUGAGAUAGGUUUACCUGCUGACUUUCUCAAACUGCUGGAAGACGGAGGAGUCACAACGAUGGGCACGCUAGCCUUCAUCUCACCCUUCCAGGUGGGCCACUCGGAUGAGAAGCCUCUCAUCGACGCACUCAAGACAGUCGUCAAGCGUGAUCUCACACAGAAGGAGCUUUUCGUGACGAGGCGUCUGUGGUAUGAGGCCUCUACCACAGCAAUGGGAGAGCUCAAACAGAAGGUGGAAAGGAGCGACUCAGCAGAACCGAUCCGCUUGGCAGUCGCUGAGAGGACUACGCGAAUCGAGGAGCAACGCAAGCGCCUCAACGGGGUUCACUUCUCCAGCGACAGUGAGCCAAGCUAUCGCGUCACAGAUCUGGUGUUUCAGCAAGGAACCGACCAACAGCUCAUCUGGCUGCCUUGGGAAAAAUACACAAGCAGGGCACAGGAGAUCGUUUCGAGCAAGUCUGACUUAUCCAUCAGCUUUGACAACAGUGGAAAUCUGCGCUUGAACAAAAAGUUCCAGGAUGCCCAGUCCUUGUGUUACGAUCUGGCGCAACUCUGCACUUAUUCAGUGAUGGAAGCCUACCAUGAAGAGAUGUUUGCGCUUCUCUCACGCCCGCCAGUGCCGGGCCGCAUGUGCAUCACCAUGGGCCAGGUCAAGGAGGCUGACAAGGUCCUUUUUCUCAAAAUUGCAGAGGAAACCAGAGGUGCCCUUAGCGUUCGGCCGGACGGAUCCAAGCCGAUGGAGCUGCAGAUUCUUGCCCUUAAGUCCCACCCCCAGGUGCAGUUCUGUGUGAUUCCUGGAGCCGCGAGCCCUGCCACUCCGUACAGGGUUGAGCCUUACGAAACCUGGGUUCCGGGCGGUAAAGGCAAGGGUAAGAAGGGUAAAACAGGCAAAGGCAAGGAUGGCAAGGGCAAGACCGGCGGCAAGCAGAAUCAGGGUUCAGAAGUGCCGCAGCCCCCUCCUGCCUUUGUGCUGCCCGAUGGCUGUUCCAGCAAGGAUCCGGAAGGUGUCCCGAUUUGUUUCCCGUAUAACAAGGAUGGGUGCAAAUUUGCUAAGGAUGGCAAGCGUUGCCGCCGUGGCAAACACAUCUGCUGGAAGUGCUUCAAGCCUCACUCUUACACCGCUUGCACUAAGGGCGGUGACCCGCUCCCAGAGGGCAAGCAGGCCGCCGAGGGCCGCUGCUUCACAACAGGCUCUUUCGUUAGAGGGUCCUUAGUCGGGUUGAGGGCAAAUAGCCGUUUGCAUCCCGAGUUCACCAGGACCCUGUGUGAGUUUGUCAAUGCCGAAGCACACCCGGAGUUUAUGUACAGCACCAUCGCCAUUUUCGAGCAACUUCACGUGGGCCGUCACAGAGAUGCCAACAACCUCCAGAAUUCGCUUAAUUUUGUUUAUCCGCUUACGCAAUUUUCAGGGGGCCAGGUUCGCUGCUUUCCAGCUGACGAGCCGUCACCGAAGACCCUUUCCUUCGAGGGAGGCCCAGUUUACUUCGAUGCCAGAUCAUACGAUCAUGACGUGUGCCAGUGGAGCGGCCGCUGCAUCGUCUUGGUUGCCUUCAGCACUCGUGGUGUCUGCGACUUGCCUGCCAAGGAUCGCAGAUUCCUGUGCAACCUCGGUUUCAGGCUGCCCGUUUCAGGCUUUACCAAUCUGCACUUGCAAUCCGAUUUCGACUGGGCGCCGGAUCAGGAGACCCCGCUCAACGCCGCUCCUAGCGCCAAGCCAGUGCCACCAACAGUCGGCAUUUUGCCGCCCCCCCCACAGUUGCCGCUGCCUUCACCUUUGCCCUGUAAUCCCAGCGAGCCUUCAGUCUCGCCUGCACAGUCUGGCAAGCUACUCUUCGAUGCUUCGGCCGCCGGGGCCAAGCCUGCUUUUCCACCCGCCCCCCCUGCAUCUGGGGCCAGUGCGAGUCAGCCGACUCAUUUGUUCGUCGAGGUUUUCGCGGGGAGUGCCAGACUGUCUUCUACCUUUGCAGCCGCCGGUUUUCAGGUGCUCGCAAUCGACGGGCCGCGCAACAAGCAUUCGCCUCUGCAUCAGGUGUGGACGCUCGACCUGACCGUCCGGCAUUGUCAAGAAGCACUUGUUCAGCGGCUACUGCGUUCCCCCGUGUUCCUGGUGCACAUUGCGCUGCCUUGCGGCACUGCCCGGGAGCGUCCCUUGCCUGCACACCUCCUGGCGGCUGGUGCGCCUCAACCACAGCCGUUGCGUUCCAGUCAGCACGUGCUUGGCCUGCCAGAUCUCUGCCCCAGCGACGAGGCACGCGUGACUUCAGCUAAUCUUCUAGCCGAGUUUACAGUUAAGCUGCUUGCAUUGUGCCAGGACAAAGGCUGGCAUGUUUCUAUAGAGAAUCCGGUCAGGAGCUGGAUGUGGGCUGUGCUGGCCCACUUCACUCGCCAGCUCAGGUCCCCGACCGUGGCCUCGUUCUUCAACGACCUUCAUGCCGUCGACUAUGCACAAUGCAUGCUCGGAGGUUCUAGGGAUAAGGUUUCACGACUGCUUACUUCGAUGCAGGCCUUGUGCCCACUGGCUUGUGAGUGCGACAGAAAGCAUAAGCAUUUGCCCUUUGCAGUAGCUCGUGCAGCCGGCCGUUGGAGCUUUGCUACUGCCUCGGAGGCCGAGUAUCCUCCCCAGUUGUGUGAUACGUUCUGUCGCCUUGCUAGAAGUUCCCUACCCUCUUGUCCCGCGCCCUUGCCUAGGCCCUCGGUGCGGCAGUCUCGCCGUGCACCGCAGUUAAUCCCCGAGUUUAAGGAGUUUCGGAGUUCUAGGCCUGCCCAGGGUGAGUUUCGCGAGCUUGUGCGUGACGGGGGCAGCAACGGAAGCUGCUCAACCUUCGGCAUCUUUCACACAAAGCAGGAGUUCACCCAUAAGGCCCUUAAGCUCGAUCACCCCUUCGACGACGCAGCGGCGAUUGACGACAGCGCUAGAAGGAACAUUUUCGAUCUCCUUACCGAAGGCCUCUCGUCUGUCGCUCAGAAGCGCAUCAAUGCCACUAAGAAGGUGAAUCAGAUGGCUAAGGAGCUCUCAGUGGAGGAGGCGAGGUUCCACGCUUCAUUGCCACAGCAUGCUCAAGAGGUCUUGAAAGGCAAACGCAUACUGUUGUGGAGAAAGCUGCUGCAAGAAACUGGAUUCCCAGAUGUUUCGGUCGGUGAGCUCAUGGAAGGUGUCGACCUUGUCGGCAAACCGACCAAAUCGCCGCUUUUCGAGUGGAAGGAGGUCCCUGCGACCUCUUCCGUACAAGAUCUCCUGGACUCAUCUGUUUGGCGUAAUCACGCACUUCAGAGGUCGCCGGAUGUUGGCGACUCGGGCGAUCUUACGAGCAAGCUUUGGGAGUGCACUCUGCAGGAGGUUGAGAAAGGUUUCUUGAAGGGGCCGUUCCAGUCGGAGGAGCAAGUUCGUGCAGCGCUUGGCGAAGAAGCUGUCUGCUGCACCCGAAGAUUCCUUGUUGUCCAGGGUAGUGCUGAGAAUCCGAAGCUCAGGCCCAUCGAUGAUUUUCGAGAAAGUGGCAUCAACGCAGCCUUUCAUUCCCUUGAUCUCCUGCGUCUGCACGACGUCGACUUCUUCAUAACCUUGUGCCGAUUCAUUUGCAAUGCUGUGGACGAGAAAGGAGUAGUUGCGGUGCUCCUCAGAAGCGGCGAACAACUUCGAGGAAAGCUUAGCCCGGAUUUUGGGCGGGGCUGCGCAUGGGUUGGGAGGUGCAUCGACUUGGAAAAAGCUUAUAAGCAGGUACCGCUGGCUUUACAGAGCCUUAGGCUGGCGGUACUCCUCGUCUGCGAGCCGCUCACGAAUGCUUUUCGCUUUUUCGUGAGUAACUCCCUGCCAUUCGGCGCGUGCGCAGCUGUGUACAGCUUUAAUCGAAUAAGUCGUAGCUUACAUCACCUUGCAACCACUCUUUGUGGUAUCAUAGGAGGCGUAUUUUAUGAUGAUUUUCCUUUGGUCGAACCUGCCCUGACCGCCAGGCUGUGCACUGUUUCGAUCGAAUCGCUGCUUGACACUCUCGGGUGGCGAUACAGUCGCGACAGCGAAAAGGACAGGCCGUUCGCAAGCCAGUUCAACUUGUUGGGAGUCCAGCUCUCGCUUGACUCUCUUCAUCUUGGCAGCAUCGCUCUGGAAAACAAACCGUCAAGAGUUGCGAAGCUUCUGCUAGUCGCUCAGCAGAUGUGUGCAAGUGGCGAGCUCCCGCGAGCGGAGGCCAUGUCUUUGCAGGGUCAGCUUAACUUCAUGGUGGGUUUUGCGUCAGGUAGGUCACUCAAGCUUGUUUGCCGAGCACUUUCGAACCUCGUCUACUCCAACCGAGCCUGGACGCGAGACGAAGUCAAGCAACUGGGAGCUUACCUUAAGUGCUGUCUCGAGGCUCUUACGCCAAAGACGAUGUGCUUGAAAGGAGGCGCAAGGCCACUUGUGAUUUUCACUGACGCCGCCUAUGAGCAAGGGGUUGCUAGUUGGGGUUUAGUGGUUCUCGAUCCCGAUUCGGGUAGGCGCGAAGUUGCCGGUGGUCGAAUCCCCUCUUCUCUGAUCGAGCUGUGGCACCAAGACACAGAGGAUCAGAUUAUCGCUCAGGCCGAAGCGUUUGCAAUGGUGAUUGCAAGGGAUUAUGCAGCAACCUUCGCAAAGGGCCGUAGGGCCUUCUUCUUCGUUGACAACGAGUCCGCGCGAUAUUGCAUGAUCCGCGGUAGCAGUCCCGUGAGAUCGCUGCUGGCGCUGGCUCACGCUUUUUAUGCCAGCGAGUGCAGGGACCACCUUGUCACUUGGAUAGAGCGCGUGCCAUCAGCCUCCAACAUCGCAGACCUCCCCAGCAAGCCUCCGGCUCAAGCUGUGUUUUGUUGGGGAGGGGUAGUUUGUACAUAG